ACAUUCAAAGAUUUAAGAAAUAAGAGCAUAUUUUAAGCGUCAAUUUUUUAACUAGAAAACAAUCACAAAAUCCUGGACCAUUUUGACUGCUCAUUUGAAAAGGAGAAUAUGAGUCCUUGCACGUUGUAGUUAUGAUUAUGACACUUGGAGUCACACAGCGGCGGUAUUGUCAAAGAAACUGAAUAAAUCCGGAACCAUCUUCCAUAACGUACAGGGUAUGGUUACUGGAGAUUAGAUGAGCGGCAGGAGCAGACCACAAAAGCUAGAAGCCCGACAAAACGCCAGACAAAGCAUCAAUGCUGUAAAUCUUCAAUUGUAAUUAUUUCUCCAUGAAAGCAAGCAUGAAUUCCGUUUAUUUCUGCGGACGUGUUUAAAUAUUUAAGAUCUAACCAUGUGGAGCGGAUAUUGUACGAAAAAACUGGGAUAUGCAUGGCCAUCCAUCCAUUUUGUGUUUCUCCUGUCAUUGUGUGAACGGACUACUCAGAUUCGAUACCCCAUCCAAGAAGAACUGCCGAUCGGCACCAUAGUUGGAAAUGUAGCUAAAGACAUGGGGUUCGAUAAAAGCGGGCUGGUGGAUCGGAAUCUACGUAUCGUGACGGGAGCAAAGCAGGACCUUUUCCAGGUAAAUCAAAGAGACGGCGCCCUGUUUGUUAACCAGAGGAUAGACAGAGAGGAUCUGUGCGGUAAAACGUCUCCAUGUUUGAUUAAUCUGAAAGCUGUGAUAGAAAAUCCGCUAGAAAUACAUCAUAUUACUGUAGAGAUUUUAGAUGUCAAUGAUAAUUCCCCGAGUUUUCCAGACAAAAACGAUCGAUUAGAAAUUCCGGAAUUUACCGUGACAGGAGCACGAUUUCAGCUCGAAGAAGCGCAAGACCCAGAUAUCGGCCUGAAUGCUUUGCAUUCAUAUAAGCUGAGUCAGAACGAGCAUUUUCUUUUGGAAACAAAGGAUUUGAGUAGCAAAGAUAGUAAAAUCCCCAUUUUAAUAUUGCAGAAGUCACUGGAUAGAGAAAAUAUCGCACAGAUGAAUGUAACACUGACAGCUGUAGAUGGUGGCAACCCAUCCAAAUCUGGCACUCUAAAUAUUACUGUGAUUGUUUUGGACGGUAACGACAAUGCGCCAGUGUGUGACCAACAACAAUAUACAGUUAUAGCAAAAGAAAAUGCACCAAUCGGAACAUUUUUAUUAAAAAUUAAUGCCACUGACUCAGAUGAGGGAGUUAACGGUGAAGUGGAAUUCUCAUUCAGAAAUAAAUUCAGAAGCAAAGCUAAUGAACUUCUAGAUUUAGACUCUGAAACCGGAGAAUUAACAGUAAAGGGGUUAAUAGAUUUUGAGGAAAGUAAAAAUUUUGAAAUAAAUGUUGAGGUCUCUGAUAAAGGAGCAUUACCACUAAAAACACAAUGCAGCGUAUUUCUGAAAGUGGAGGAUGCGAACGACAACAGGCCUGAGAUAGACAUCACCUCCUUGUCAAGUCACAUUCCCGAGAACGCGCCUGUAGGUACCGUAGUGGCGCUGAUCACAGUAACCGACUUAGAUUCAGGUGCGAAUGGACAGGUAGUUUGUACGCUGCCCGAAGGUAUGCCGUUUGACCUGAAACAUUCGAUUGAGGACCAUUUCUAUUCAUUAGUUACAAAGAGUCGCUUAGACAGAGAGUCAAUGUCCAAGUACGAUAUAACAAUAACAGCGAGGGACCUGGGAACCCCUUCGUUAUCCUCCGUUAAGACAGUCCACGUGGAAUUAUCAGACGUUAAUGACAACAGACCGGUCUUCUCACAGAGUCCCUACACCUUCUACAUGAUAGAAAACAACGAGUCUGGGAACUCUAUUUUCACUGUAAGUGCCUCUGAUGCAGAUGAGAAUGAAAAUUCACGAAUUACGUAUGCACUUGAAAACGUAAUACCCGGUCAAAGUGUAACAUCUUUCUUAAACAUUAACCCAGAUAACGGGAACAUACACGCAUUAAAAAGCUUUGACUUCGAAACAAUUAAAACCUUCCAGUUCCAAGUGGUAGCAAAAGACUCCGGAACCCCGUCGCUAAGCAGCAACGUCACAGUGAAUGUGUUCAUCCUGGAUCAGAACGACAACCCUCCGGUCAUCCUGUCUCCUGCCAAUACUAAUGGAUCUGCUGAGGGUGUGGUGGAGAUUCCCCGUAAUGCAAUCGCGGGUCAUUUUGUGACUAAAGUAAGAGCCUAUGAUCCUGACAUAGGAUACAAUGGCUGGUUGUCAUUCUCUCUGCAGCAAGUUACGGACCCCAGUCUCUUUGGUUUGGAGCGCUACACAGGAGAGAUCAGGACACUUCGGACAUUUACUGAAUCAGAUAUUGUUUUGCAUAAAUUAGUCAUACUAGUAAAAGACAACGGAAACAUCUCACUGUCAGCUACAGCAACCGUGGUCAUAAACGCAGUGGAGACCAAAGAGGCGUUUGCAUCUUCUGAUACUAAACGCUCAGUAAAGAAGGAAGAGGAGAACAACAUCACCUUGUAUCUGAUGAUCUCUCUGGGCUCUGUUUCAGCCCUUUUUGUCUUCAGUAUAAUCAGCCUGAUAGUCAUGCAGUGCUCUAAACCUCCAGACUAUUCCUCCAAGUACUCACGUGACUCCAACUGCAUAGACACGAGCGGGAACGGAACUCUGUGUCACAGCAUCCAGUACAGAUCCGGAGAGAAACGGUACAUGUUAGUUGGACCCAGGAUGAGUAUCGGUUCUACUAUUGUCCCUGGAAGCAACGGGAAUACGCUUGUUGUCCAUGAACACAGUAAGAGAUAUUCCGAACCUUUCUCUGCACCGUUUGCAUCACAAAGACAUGAUUUAAUGUGCAUGAUAGUCCCAGAUCCAUCAAAGGGCUGGGUCUGCUGUCGUCGCCCCCUGCUGGAGAUCUACUGCUUCACAGUUGUCUGGGUUUUUCAGUGUCUCCAUGAGCUGUAUGUCUGCCGCCCCACAUUCGGUAUUAACUCUCAUUCAGUCUGUACCCUUCUGCUCCCCUCCCUUUUAUUUGUGUUUUCUAUCCAAGGUUAUUGCCAUGCAUGUUUUAAUAUAAAAUCCAAAUAUAAAUGUAAUAUAUUUCCCGUCUUGCCAGCAAUGCAUCGCAGAAAGCAGAGAAAUGCUGUAGCUUUUAAUGUGGCAUUAAGCAUUAAGAAGUGAUAUUUGAUGAUAAGUAUAGGAGAAAAAAAAUAGACAGGGUCGAAUAACCUCUAAAACGUGGGAAAGAGGUGAUGUCUGUAACACCUGUCAGCCUUUUAGUGUGCAGUGUCUGUCAGGUGAAUAUUCCUGUGCACUUUUUCAUCUGUGAUAUUAUUUGGACUACACACAAGUGGUGUAAUAGUGCUAAGCUUAAUCGGCCGAAAGAGGCCCAAACGUCACUGAUCUGGCUUUGGUUUUCCAUUGUGGUUUGUAAUAUUGAAAAUUGUUAAGUAUUGCAACUUUAACAUGGAGAAAUGUAUGAAAUUCAUAUAUAUUGUUUUAACACGCAGGAGCUGCGCAUGUGACACUGUACAUAUUCAUCACACGUUGGAUUUUAUAUUUCAAUGUAUAUUUACAUAACUGUUUUAUAAGAAGACCCACCUCUACGUUCUUUCAUAGCUACGAUGUAUCAUUUUCUUUUGGUUUGUUUGUGUAGCUUCUGUAGCCUUGCUUGUUAAUGGUGUUUAAUUAGCUGAGUCUCACUGAUGUUAAAUCGCACUGUAUAUAUAGUUCUGAGCACUGACCACCUCUAGUAAGAGAUGAGCAUGUUUUUUUUUUUUUUGUACAUCUACCACCCGAUUAGUCGACAGUAUUAACAUUUCAUGGUAGCGACUGGCUACUGACUGUUGCAUUACAUUGCAACAGUGAAUGAGUUUGGAUUCUGGGGGCUACCAGCAGAUCUUGGGUAGUAACCCUGUGAUGCUCGGUGUGCCCUGGCAGGGCUUGGUCAGUCCCCUCGUGGUGGUUGUGCUGGUGUCCCUGUAUUGGCUAACUUCAAUUCUACACAACUGUCAUCUAUCCAAGCCAUGCCUGGUCCUCCCGGUCCGUUUGGCUUCAUCUGGGUGGCAGUAAGGAAGGCUUGAAGGCCAGUACUAACCAUUCCUAGGUAAAGGUGCGUUUUAUUCUAUGUAGGUAAAUAAAAUCGCUAAAUAUUUCAUGUAUGGAUUGAAAUAAACGAACCUCUGCUUUACAUAA